ACCACAAUUAUCAAUAAUCCAGAGCCUCUCGCUCGCUAUACACCGUAUAAAUUCGCUCGCUCAUUCACCCACUCUCCAUAUCCUACUAAAGUCAUUUCAGUGUUGCAAACAUCUGUGGAAAGAAAAUAAAAUCCCAUGUGGGCGUUUCAGACCCCAGUACCGUCAUUACUCCAACCUCAUUUCCCACAGAAACACUCGUUCAAAACCUCUGCUUCUUUCAACCAACUUUCCAUCACAAAUUCUCUUGAAACCAAAUCCAAAUCAAUUUCUAAUAACAGUAGCAACCACUUAAUUCAAUCUCUGUGUAGAAAAGGAAAUCUUGAAAAAGCUCUUCAAGUUCUUCCCAAUGAAUCAAAUCCUACUCAACUUACUUAUGAACUCUUAAUUCUCUCCUGUAUCACUCAAAAUUCUUACGAACAUGGUUUGUUGGUACAUAAUCAUCUAAUUAACAAUGGGUUUGAUCAAGAUUGUUACCUUGCCACUAAACUUAUUAACAUGUACUCAGAAUUCAACUCUAUGGAUAAUGCUCGUUAUGUGUUUGAUAAACUUCCUAAGAGAACGAUUUUUGUUUGGAACGCGUUUAUUAGGGCGUUGGCGUUAUCUGGUUAUGGUGAAGAAGCUUUAGAGAUUUAUACUCAGAUGAAUGAUAGUGGAAUUCCUUCUGAUCGUUUUACUUAUCCUUAUAUACUUAAGGCUUGCCUUAGUCCAUUGAAUUCGAAUUCGCUACUUAGGCAAGGAAAAGAAAUUCAUGGUCAUAUUUUAAGACACGGGUUUGAAUCAUAUAUUCAUGUUAGUACUACUUUAGUUGACAUGUAUGCCAAGUACGGUUGCGUUUCAAAUGCACUUAAUGUGUUUGAUUUCAUGGUCGAAAGAAACGUUGUUUCUUGGAGUGCGAUGAUUGCUUGUUAUGCUAAAAAUGGAAGGCCCUUUGAAGCACUGAAGUUAUUUCAAGAAAUGAUGGCUGGGUAUCCUGAUUGUGUUCCAAAUUCAGUUACCAUGGUUAGUGUUAUUCAAGCCUGUGCAUCUUUAACUGCUCUAGGACAAGGGAAGCUGAUGCACGGUUUUGUUCUUAGAAGGGGUCUUGAUUCGAUUUUACCGGUGAUCAACAGUCUAGUAACAAUGUAUGCAAAGUGUGGCUGUUUAAAGAUUGGCCGUCGGGUUUUUGAUAGGAUGGAUAAGCGGGAUGUUGUUUCUUGGAAUUCCAUGAUAUCUGCUUAUGGAAUUCAUGGUUUUGGUGAGGAAGCAAUUGGGGUUUUCAUUGAUAUGAUUGACAGUGGAGUUUCACCAAACAAAAUUUCAUUUGUAAGUGUAUUAGGAGCUUGCUGUCAUGUCGGGCUUGUAGAUGAAGGAAAGAAACUGUUUCAUUCUAUGCGUCAAUACAAGAUUUUUCCUAGUGCAGAACAUUACGCUUGUAUGGUUGAUCUACUAGGCCGUGCUGGUCGGUUAGAAGAAGCAGCAAAAGUGGUGGAAGAUAUGCGGAUUGAACCAGGGCCAACUGUUUGGGGUUCCCUUCUUGGUGCAUGCAGAAUCCACUGUAACACUGAGCUUGCUGAGACAGCUUGCCAUCGUCUUUUCGAGCUUGAGCCCAUGAAUGCGGGGAAUUAUGUGCUUUUGGCGGGUAUCUACGCAGAAGCUAUGAUGUGGGAGGAGGUGAAUAGGGUGCGCAAGCUUCUCGAAGCUAGGGGAUUAGAGAAACUUCCUGGCUGCAGCUGGAUUGAAGUGAAGAAGAAGAUGUACUCAUUUACAUCCGUUGAUGAGUUUAACCCACAAAUAGAACAGCUCCAUGCCUUUUUAGCUCAGUUGUCUAUGGAGAUGAAAGAAACAGGAUAUGUUCCUGAUACGAAGGUCGUCCUAUAUGAUCUUGAAGAGUUUGAGAAAGAACAAAUCUUAUUAGGUCACAGCGAAAAACUCGCACUGGCUUUUGGACUCAUCAAUUGCAGCAAAGGUGAAACAAUUAGGAUCUCCAAGAACCUUAGACUGUGUGAAGACUGCCAUUCUGUUACGAAAUUCAUUUCCAAGUUCGCAAAUAGAGAGAUUCUUGUUAGAGACGUGAACAGAUUUCACCAUUUCAGAGAUGGGGUAUGCUCUUGUGGUGACUACUGGUGAGGUUGGUCAUUGGAUCUGGGAGAGACAUGUGUGAAGGUGUACAGUUAUUAAUGCUUCACAGAGAGCUCGAAAUGAAAUGAACUGAAGAAACGUAACACUGUACGUAUAACCUUUCGACUCAGUUUUUUCAGUUACUUUUGAACAGAGAAAAAAUUAUAACUCGGUUACAUGGAACUGAUGUACCAGCUGGUAAAAUUUCCAUACACCAGCACCACCAUUAAUUUUUGCAUAUUUAAAGGCUAAAUCCAUUCCAGUCUG